UCAUUGCAUUCGACUGAUCGAAUUUGUUGUGUAGCAAAAAGUGUAAUUUUAAUUCUGCGAAAGUUAUUGAUAAAUUUAUAAUAACAAAAUUAAAGCUAUGAAUAAAUAUAAGUAGCACUUUUAUUACAUGCAACUAUAUUGCUGAAAUUGUGAAAUAUUUACAAACUAGCAAAUGUUAUUUACAGCCAACUAACGUUUAAAUUUUCAUACUUUUAAAAAGUGAAAAUAUAAAUAAAUUCUAGCAACCAAAAAACUCUGAUUUUGCUUAAAAUUUGCCUAAAAUUAUAAUAAUUACAACCACCAAACAACAAAAUGUCCUCCGGCUUAAAGUGUCGCAAUUGUGGCUCCACCGACAUCGAGGAGGACAAUGCACGUGGCGAUGCUGUCUGUACAAAUUGCGGUUCGGUGCUUGAAGAUUCACUUAUAGUUUCGGAAAUACAAUUUGAAGAGGUUGGUCGAGGUGCAGCUGCCAUAGGUCAAUUUGUCUCCGCCGAGUCGACGGGUGGCGCUACAAAUUAUGGUUAUGGUAAAUUUCAAGUUGGUUCUGGCACGGAGUCUCGUGAAGUUACUAUCAAGAAAGCCAAAAAGGAAAUUACACAUUUAUGCCAACAAUUGCAAUUAACACAACAUUACAUUGAUACAGCAUUGAAUUUCUUUAAAAUGGCUUUGGCACGUCAUUUGACGCGUGGUCGCAAGAGUACGCACAUUUAUGCAGCUUGCGUUUACAUCACCUGCCGUACCGAGGGCACCUCACAUUUGCUGAUUGACAUCAGUGAUGUGCAACAAAUUUGUUCCUACGAAUUGGGUCGUACUUACCUCAAACUUUCCAAUGCAUUAUGCAUCAACAUUCCUUCUGUCGAUCCCUGCUUGUAUAUUAUGCGUUUUGCCAAUAAACUACAAUUUGGCGCUAAGACCCACGAGGUAUCCAUGACUGCGUUGCGCAUAGUUCAACGUAUGAAAAAGGAUUCUUUGCACUCAGGUCGGCGACCGACCGGUUUAUGUGGAGCUGCACUGCUGAUCGCCGCACGCAUGCAUGAAUUCAGUCGGACGAUUUUGGAUAUUGUUGGAAUUGUAAAAAUACAUGAAUCCACAGUGCGUAAGCGUUUGAUUGAAUUCGCCGAUACGCCAUCGAGUGCGCUCACUCUAGAUGAAUUUAUGUCCGUUGAUCUGGAAGCGGAACAGGAUCCGCCUGCAUUCAAGGCGGCGCGGAAAAAGGAUCGCGAUCGUAUCAAGGAUAUCGGCGAGCACGAGUUGUCCAAAUUGCAAAUGGAAAUCGAUACACAUCUCGAAAAAGAUCUGAAACGCAUACAAAAGAAUACAAUGAAGCGUUUGACUGGUGGCAUUGCUGACUUUGCAGGCGAUAAAGAUUUCGAAGAUGUCGAAUCGGCAAAUUUCAUAGAAGAAUCUAAUCUCGAGGCAAUCAAAGAAUGUCUGGCAGAUACACCCGAAGUCGUGGAGCAGAGAAAAAUAGUUUUAAGUGGUCUCAAACCAGACAUCGAAUCGAUGUGUCGUCCAGCGCCAAGUGAACUGCUAGAAGCGGAAAAGGCUAAAGAAAAUGAUGUUAUCGAGGAUUUAGAUUUGGAAGGCUUGGACGAUGAAGAAAUCAACAAUUACAUUCUAACGCACGAAGAGGCCGAGUAUAAAAACAAUAUGUGGAAUGCUUUGAAUGCCGAGUAUUUAAAGGAAAUGCGCGAAAAGGAAGCACGCUUAGCAAAAGAGCGUGAAGAAGGUAAACCGGAAAAGAAAAAGCGUCGACCGCGUCGUAAAGCUAUCGGACCCUCAACCAGCGCUGGCGAGGCUAUUGAGAAAAUGUUGCAAGAAAAGAAAAUCUCAAGUAAAAUUAAUUAUGAUAUCCUGCGUACACUGACGGAGGGUAGCAUAGCUGGCGCAAGUAGCGUUACGGCCACGGAAAUUACAGCAGCGGAAGCAAUGGAUAUUAAAAAUGUGCCCAUUAUUGUGGAAAAUGGUCCGAUCAAGCAGAAAAAUAGUCGCUCAAAACCGGCCUAUACAAUUGGUGGACCAGCAGCUAAAGUACCCAAACUUGAAGUGGGCCUGCCAGUGGCAGCGGAACCAGCGACUCCGACGAAAAAGGAGCCCGUUGUUGUGGAAAAUGACGAUCUGGAUGAGUUUGUCGAUGAUGCCGAUGCAGAUGCAGACGGCGAGGCAGAGCCUGAACCCGAACGUGAAUACUCCUCACUCAAGGAUAUGUUAAAUAAUGGCGAAGAAGACGAUUACUAUGGCUAUGAUGAAGAUAAUUAUUGAAUGCUGCUUACUUGUGUUGUAUUCAAACCCAUGAAAAGAACUGUACUUUAAAUGAGAGUAGUGAAGGAAAAAAAUGUCCCAUAUAAAGUUAUUUAAUAUUUUAUUAUUUUUAUUUAAACAAAUAUUCAUGAAGAUUAGCGAUCUCUUAUAUAAUUUGCAUUUGAUAUGAAAACGUCAACCACACACUAAAUUAUAUAAUUAAUUAUUCUAAACACAGUGCAUUUUCAAAUAAACAUGCUAAUAAAUUAAUGGUUUAAGAAUGAAUAUAAUUAUACCUUUAGAAACAUAAGUAUAUUUGCUUCUAAAAUUGAAUUGGUGUUCCAAGAUCACAACAGAAAUAUGUUAUUAGGAGCGUUUAUUUUCAAAUUGAAAUAAAAUAACAAAAUAAUUGUU